CCCUUGCCUUGCCGUUCCCUCUUUCUUUUCUUCCCUCGCUUUUCUCCCGCCCUGCGCUCCCUCCUUCCUUCCGAACCAUUAGCUUGCUCCGACUUGAUCCCUAGGGAAAGCACAAACUGAAUGAAAAACAAGUAACGAAAUAAGGAAUAAAUUCUACGCUAACAGAGGAGAGAAAAGCACAUGUAUACAACGCAAGAAGAAGAAGAAGAAGAAGAAGAAGAAGAAGGAGGAGGAGGCUUCUUCGAUGGAGGCAUGCUGUAGUCGCUCCUCCUCCUCUUUCUCUUCUUCCGUCCUCCCCGUCCAUUCCAGCUGCUGCCGAAGCAUCCUCCAGCUCAGACUUGCUCCCGCCGCCCUCCACCUCCCUCCCUCGGCCCUGCGCCUCAGCAGCUGCUCCGUCGUCGCCGGCCGCCUCCUCCCACUCGCCUUCGCCCCUCCUCAUACGGCUCGCCCUCAUCGCCGUCGAGGGCCCGUCACCGCCGUCUUCGAGCGCUUCACGGAGCGCGCGCUGAAGGCCGUCGUCUCCUCCCAGCGCGAGGCCCGGUCCCUCGGCGACGACGCCGUCCGCACGCACCACCUCCUCCUCGGCCUCGUCGCCGUCGACCCCUCCCCCCUCGGAUUCCUCGACUCCGGCAUCACCCUCGACCGCGCCAGGGACGCCGUCCGGGCCUUAUGGGCCACCAAGCCGUCACCAUUUCCGCCGUCGCCGCCGCCGCCGCCGCCCCUCCCCCCUCCCUCCGUGGCCGCCUACUUGCCCUUCUCCGCCAGCUGCAAGCGAGCGUUCGAGGCCGCCGUCGACUUCUCCGUCGGCAUGGGCUCUAAUUUUGUAUCCCCCGAGCACAUUGCCGUCGGCCUCUUCGUCGCCGACGACGGCAGCGCUGCCCAGGUCCUCAAGAGCUUAGGAGCAGACCCCAAUCACCUCGCUUCUGUGGCUUUCUCUAGGCUUCAAGGGGAACUAAUGAAAGAUGGUAGACAAUCCGCCGCAUCUUCUGAAAUAAUACAUGCAAAACCUCCUGCCAGAAAGGCUGCACACUUAAAAUCUUUCCAGAAAAGCCAAGGGAAAAGCGCAUUAGCACAAUUCUGUGUAGAUCUAAAUGCACGGGCUGGCGACGGGCUUGUCGAUCCCGUAAUUGGCCGGGAUGCCGAGAUCCAAAGAAUUGUUCAAAUCUUAGGCCGACGAAGGAAAAACAAUCCAAUCCUUUUGGGUGAACAAGGUGUUGGUAAAACAGCAAUUGCCGAAGGCUUAGCGCUUCGCAUCACCAGUGGAGAUGUUCCUAUUUUUCUUCUGGAGAAGCGCAUAAUGUCACUGGAUGUUGGUUUGCUUAUAGCAGGUUCAAAAGAGAGAGGAGAGUUAGAAGCCAGGCUUACUGGUUUACUAAAAGAAGUUAACAAAGCGGGCGAUGUUAUUCUCUUCAUUGACGAGGUUCAUAAUCUUAUCGGAACUGGCGCGGUUGGGAGAGGAAACAAGGGGUCAGGUCUUGAUAUGGCUAACUUAUUGAAGCCUUCUCUUGGCAGAGGUGAACUGCAGUGCAUUGCAUCUACAACAGUUGAUGAGCACAGGACACAUUUUGAAAACGAUAAAGCUUUCGCUCGCCGCUUCCAGCCAGUGUUCAUAAAUGAGCCUAGUCGGGAGGAUGCUGUGAAAAUAUUGCUGGGCCUACGUGAAAAAUAUGAAAUUUAUCACAAGUGCAAAUACACGUUAGAAGCCAUAAAUGCUGCGGUAUACUUGUCAGCUAGAUAUAUUCCUGACAGACAUCUCCCUGAUAAAGCUAUUGAUCUCAUCGAUGAAGCUGGUAGUAGAGCUCGUAUGGAUGCAUUCAAGAGGAAAAAGGAAGAGCAGGCUUCUGUACUGUCCAGGCCACCCAAUGAAUACUGGCAGGAGAUUAGAGCUGUCCAGGCAAUGCAUUACGCGGUACCAGCAAAUAAAUUUAAAUAUUCUCCAAAUAAUAGCAACAAUAAGAACAAUAAUGCAGUGCUUGACCGCAAGAAGGGCAAACCAUCUAUUUCAUCCGCAUUUCAUGAUAAAGAAUCUGUUGUUGUUGGAGCAGAGGAGAUAGCCAAAGUUGCUUCUUUGUGGUCUGGAAUACCUGUUCAGCAUCUGACGGCAGAUGAAACAAAGCUUCUUUUAGGCUUAGAGCAGGAACUUAGAAAGCAUGUUAUUGGUCAAGAUGAUGCUAUUAGGACCAUAUCUCGAGCUGUGAAGAGAUCACGUCUUGGCCUGAGUGAUCCUGACAGACCAAUUUCUGUGUUGCUCUUCUGUGGUCCAACUGGAGUUGGUAAAACAGAGCUCAUUAAAGCAUUUGCAAGGAGCUAUUUCAGAUCGGAGGAAGCUGUGCUACGGUUGGAUAUGAGUGAAUAUAUGGAACGGCAUGCAGUAAGCAAGCUGAUAGGAUCUCCUCCAGGGUACAUAGGCUAUGAAGAUGCUGGUACUUUGACGGAGCCAGUCCGGAGAAGACCAUUCUCAGUAAUAUUGCUUAAGGAAAUAGAGAAAGCUCACCCCAGUAUAUUAAAUAUCCUGCUGCAGAUAUUUGAAGAUGGACACCUGACUGACUCUCAGGGGAGGACAGCUUCGUUCAAAAAUACGCUGAUUGUCAUGACAUCAAAUAUUGGUUCUGCAUCAAUUAUCAAGGGAAGGCGCGGCAUAGGUUUCUUUACUGCAGAAGAUAAGAACUCGAGCUCAUAUGCUGCAAUGAAAUCCAUAGUGAUGGAGGAAUUAAAAUCAUAUUUCCGGCCUGAAUUACUCAAUCGAAUCGACGAGGUGGUUGUGUUCCGACCUUUGGAAAAAACCCAGAUGCUGGAGAUUUUCAAAAUAAUGGUGCAAGAAGUGAAGAGCAGGCUCUUAUCCCUAGGGAUUCAUCUAGAGUUGUCUGAUGCUGUCAUGGAUUUGGUGUGCAAGCGAGGGUACGAGAAGAGCUACGGUGCGCGAUCUCUGAGGAGGGCUGUCACCUGUCUGAUCGAGGAUGUGAUUAGUGAAGCUAUUCUUCGCAGAGAUUGUAAACCUGGGGACACCAUUAUGUUAGAUGUGAAUUCCUCGGGGAAGACUUUUGUGAGACAGUGGCCUGAUCAGACCAUCCAGUUGUCUGACCCGACGUCAACAGCCAUUUAGUAGCCCUCUUACAAGUGUAUAUUCCUACUUCUAACAGGCAAGGUUAUUCUUUCUUGUACAGGUGCCAAUUGAGUUCUUGUAAAUGGUAGAAUAGAAAUGCUUAUAGAUAAAAGAGUAAAAAUUCUGUAGAAUAUAUCCGGUCA